AUGAAAUUCGAAGACAUCCUUGUUAUCCUUGGGGAUUUUGGUCGAUAUCAGCAAUUGCAGUAUUUUCUCAUCUGCAUCCCGAUCAUGCUCUGUGCGUGUAAUGAUAUGGCAAACACGUUCCUCAGUGCUUCAUCUGAUCACUACUGUAGAUUCGAUUUAGUAUGUGAGAAGGACUGGAUGAAACAGCUGUCAAAAGCAAUUUAUCCGCUUGGCUCAUUAUUUGGCACAGCUGUAAUUGGUCAAUUAUCGGACAAAUUUGGUCGAAAACCAUGUUUUAUCUCCAGUUUAUUAUUACUGAUUCUCGUUUUACUGCUCACCGCAUGUGCUCCAGUAUACGCUGUGUUUGCUGUAGGUCAGUUUUUCAUUGGGUUUCUAUCAGCUGGCAUAUGUAACGUUGCAUUUGUUCUCGGUUUAGAGCUGGUUGGACCUAGGAAGCGUGACCUUGCUGGUAUGGUUAUACUCAUUUUCUAUGCAUGUGGAUACAUGAUGUUAGCUGUCUUCUCAAAAGCAGUCAGCGGCAACUGGCGUCAGCUUGAGCUAUUAUUAGCAAUUCUUUACAUUCCGUUCUUUUCGUACUAUUGGCUAGUUCCUGAGUCUGUUCGAUGGUUGAUGCAGCAGGGGAGGUACCGACACGCAGAAACAAUUCUUCAAAACGCUGCCAAAAUGAAUAAAGUUACAUUGCCAGAGAAUGUUUUGGAGGACGAAAAACAAGCUCAAGAGACACUUCGGGAGGAACAAGAAAAAGGACAAAAAAUAAAAGAAUUCACAGUGCUGGAUCUGAUGAAAACAAGAAACCUCAGACGUAAUACGAUUAUAAUCGCCAUCAAUAUUUUCUGCAACUUUCUGGUAUAUUUUGGAUUAUCUGCUAACACUAACGUAUAUUCAUCCAAUGCCUAUGCAAGCUUCUUCGUUUCUGGUGCGGUAGAAGUGCCAGCAUAUCUUUUGUCGUGGUUUUUACUGGACAGAAUUGGACGGCGAUGGUUGACAUGUAUAUUUAUGUUAGCAGCGGGACUGGCGUUGAUAUUGAUAGUCCCAGUUAGUAAUCAAUCACUUAAUGAGUUGGUUACCAUUUUGGCAUUGUUUGGAAAGUUUUGUAUUGCUGGUUCUUUUGGUGUAAUCUACAUAUUUGCAGCCGAGAUAUUCCCAACUCCUGCCAGAGCUGCUGGUCUUGGAUUUACGGCUAGUUUUGGAACAUUAGGUAGCAUAGCGGCGCCGUUUGUAAUGCUUCUUGGCAACUACGUGUGGGGUCCACUUCCGUUUCUUAUAUUUGGUGUAAGCUCCGUAAUAGCUGGUCUCCUAGUUUUACUUCUACCAGAAACAACGGGCGUGCCACUGCCCGAAACAUUGGAAGAAGGGGAAAUGUUCGGAAAAAAAUCUUAUCUGCCAUCAAGAGAUAUUGGAUUACAAGUGGAUCUUCCGGAAUUGGAUUUAUCUUGUCCUGCUGGUCUUGGAUUCACAGGUAGUUUCGGAACAUUAGGUGGUAUAGCGGCGCCGUUUGUAAUGCUUCUUGCUAACUACGUGUGGGGUCCACUUCCGUUUCUUAUAUUUGGUGUAAGUUCCGUGAUAGCUGGUCUCCUAGUUUUACUCCUACCAGAAACAACGGGCGUGCCACUGCCCGAAACACUAGAAGAAGGGGAAAUGUUCGGAAAAAAAUCGUAUCCGCCAUCAAGAGAUAUUGGAUUACAAGUGGAUCUUCCGGAAUUGGAUUUAUCUUGUCGUAGAUGA